AUGGCUUUGAGGAACACCAAGAGGUGCCAAGAGUGUAGCAGACUUCUUAAGAUAUUAAAUAUGGACCUUUCGGGGACUUCCGAAAAACGUGAAGAAAUCACAACCCUAUCAGAUUCAGGGUUGCAAUUCUGCAGGGCAAGCAAGAGCACUCUGAUAUUAAUGGACUGUGAUGAGCGAGACUGGGGCGAGAAGGAAAGUCGUGAGAAACCUGAGAGCCAGAACUACGCCUACCAGAUCGAUUCCAUCAGCGACUCUUCCUGCAACAGUUCAGACGGGGUGCUGGUCAACUUCAGUGCCAUUUACAACAAAACGAACAACGCAGUCCCUGCUACACCCGAAGAUUUGGACAGUCCUGCCAGGCAGUCCCAGGAAUCAGGGUCGACAUCUCAGAGUUACCUCCCACAAUCCUGCUCGCCUCCUUACAGAUUUGAUUCAAACUGCAACAUCUACCAAACGGACGAUGAUGGGUCGUCAAUGUCUGAUCUUGACGUCUGUUUGCAAAGCCGAAUCAGGCGAUUGAGUCCCCAAAAUAAUUAUUACAAGCUGGUGACUUGUGACCUGUCACCUCAAUCCACUAUGAGUCCCGAAUGGUCACCAGUUACCAGUUCUUCAGAACCUCACAGCCAAGAAAGCUGGACACACGAGGAAUACAUCCUCUUUAAAGAACCAAAGGAGGAACAGGAACAGGUGGAUAAAAUAGAAACAAGCAACCUUCAGGUAUGUAGCCCAAAAAUGGCAUCAGUAAUGCAGAACAUCUCACAGACCAUCCAGAACCCAAAACAACCCCCCGUUAGGAGGACAGAACAACCUGGACUCACCCUGAAUUCACCCAUAAACCAGAAGUGGAAGUCAUUGGAAGUGGAACACCAAGAGAAAGUACAGAGACCCACCUUUUUACCCAUCCAAACCUUCGUCCUUCAACCACCAUCAAGAAACCAGUCUAGUACAGCUCUGGUGUCUCUGCUAGACCAGUACAUGAGCCACAGGCAAGGGAAAAGCAAAGAGUUGUCCAGCCAUGUCGAACCUUCACCUUCUGGCAGCUUCUCUUCCAUCAAUCUCCAAGUAGCAUCUAGUUCGGACUCCUGCUCCACCUGCACUCCGACCCCAAUUCAGCCUCCAUCAUGGCCGCACUGGUCCAGACUCAACCCACAGCUCUAUCAAACCCACCCAGAAAGAGACCAAAGUCUAGAAGAUCUAGAUGAAGACCUGCAUGAGAAGAAUUUGAGUCUUUUCUCCACCCUAGAACAAGCUCCUCCAGCUCCUAAACAAGCCUGGACCUUUCCUGAAGAAUGUUUACAGGAGCUUUCUCGUGAGCUAACGUGCUCCAUUCAGACUCCUCCAGAAAGAAGAAUCCAGAAGAACUUUAGUCUCCAUCACUGUAUGUCGUGUUCAGUUGUUAAAUCAGCCAGCUCCUUGACCCUUAAUGCGUCCAUAUCUCAGCCUGGUACUGAACGAAGACACCAGUGGUCCUUCGAUGCUCCUCAACAAGCUACGACCAACAAGGAACCCAAAACCAUUGCUGAACACCACAGUUUUCAUGAUCUGCUGAAAGCUGUGAGCUCAGCUGUUGAUUUGAUCACGGAUCAUUUUAACUCCGGCAAAGACCCACAAGAGAAGAUCAGACUGGGGAGCAGCUCGCUGUGUCCCAGAGUUAGUGAGCUGGUCCUGGAUCAGCUCUGUCCUGCUCUCCGAACUCUUCUUCAGGACGGGCUGAGAUCCUUCAAGCCGGAUUUGAUUGUUGGACGACGACGUAUAAAACUGUGGAGUGUGGUGGAGGCUUCGACUCAGCCAGGUACUUCCAGCCGUGUUCUGUACAGUCUGGUCUCAGUUGUUUGGAAAUGCUCAGAGUUAAGCAGCCACAGUAUGAGACUAAACGCUUUCAUCCUCGGCCUACUGAACUUAUCUGCUUUGGAGUUUUGGUUUCAUCACUUGCACACGUGUGCAGACGUGAUCGGAGAGUUCUACCAUCCAUGGGCUUUCCUCUCUCUGUCUCGUGACUCCUGUAACCCUCUGUUUCGAGAUCUUCUCAUCCUGUUACAGCCGCUGUCCCAGUUACCCUUCGACCUCCACCUGCUUUCUGAGUCCAGACUACAGAGCAGACAGGAACUAAAUCAUCCAUCCAUCCAACAUCUGAGACCUCGUUCUCUUUCAGGCUGCUACUUUCUACCAACGCCAAGACUCGGAGGCCCCGAAACACCCAAACUGGAGAAGGAAUCUCCAAAUAAAAGCCAGAAGAACAUCAGCCAGAACCUCCGAAGCUGUGUGGUUGGGUUAUCUAGCUGCAGAGAUGAUGAGCGGAGGUCUGAUUCUGUAGAACUUUCAGAGAAAAAACGUGCUGGAUGGUGGCUCAACCAGAACCCAAUCAAUGAAGAUGUGGUAGUGUGUUCAGGAGUGAAAUAUAAUCAGAUCCUGGCUCAAAACGAGGAAGACGAGCCACCAAAAGACCUGCGCUGGACUCGAUUAUUCGGUUCUGGGAUCAAGACGCCAACGAUGGUGAAAAGUGCAGGAGAAAGUACCGUCCAGACCCAGAGAACCAGGCCUCCUUCUCAGUGGCUCAAACUCGGAGCAUCAAAGCUGGAUCAACUGGUGCAGACAGUCUGGAGGAGAGAAAUCAGCACAACCGUAUAGAGAUGAGAACCAGAACCCAACCACAGCCAAACCACAACCUAAAGACAACCCAACCACCACUCAUCUAUAACUCAGCCACAACCCAACCACCACUCAUCUAUAACUCAGCCACAACCCAACCACCACUCAUCUAUAACUCAGCCACAAC